GGGCAUUGUGGGAUCGCAAGAUGGCGGCGCUCAGUUGUGUCCGGGCGGCGGUAACCAGGCGCCUUCUUCACCCGCAGAGCUGUGAGUUGUGGAGAUGCCUUGGAACCUCAGCGGCACUUCUGCAGAGGCAAGCGCCGGCAGAGUACACCAAAUCCGAGGGGAUCUUCUCGGCCACCAUGUUGCCAGGGGACGGGGUGGGCCCAGAGCUCAUGCACUCUGUCAAGGAAGUAUUCAAGGCGGCCGGAGUUCCUGUGCAGUUCGAUGAACACCACCUCAGUGAGGUGCAGAACAUGGCUUCGGAGGAAAUCCUGGACGAGGUUCUUGAGUCCAUGAAAAAGAGCAAAGUGGCCCUCAUAGGGAAGAUCCACACCCCCAUGGAGUACAAAGGGGAGCUGGCUUCCUAUGACAUGAGGCUCAGGCGCAAGCUGGACCUCUUUGCCAACGUGGUCCAUGUGAAUAGCCUGCCUGGCUACAAAACCCGGCACAACAACUUGGACCUGGUGAUAAUCCGCGAGCAGACCGAGGGGGAGUACAGCUCCCUGGAACACGAGAGCGCGAAGGGUGUCAUUGAAUGCCUGAAGAUCAUCACUCGGGCCAAAUCGCAGCGCAUCGCCAAGUUUGCCUUCGACUUCGCCACCAAGAAGGGGCGCUCUAAGGUCACGGCUGUGCACAAAGCCAACAUCAUGAAGCUGGGCGAUGGGCUCUUCUUGCGCUGCUGCGAAGAGGUGGCUGAGCUGUACCCCAAGAUCAAGUUUGACACCAUGAUCAUCGACAACUGCUGCAUGCAGCUCGUGCAAAACCCCUACCAGUUUGACGUCUUGGUCAUGCCCAACUUAUAUGGCAACAUCAUUGACAACCUGGCGGCCGGCCUGGUCGGCGGGGCUGGCGUGGUCCCUGGCGAAAGCUACAGUGCGGAGUACGCCGUCUUUGAGAUGGGCGCCCGCCACCCUUUCGCCCAAGCCGUAGGGAGGAAUAUUGCCAACCCCACCGCCAUGUUGCUUUCGUCGGCCAAUAUGCUGCGACAUCUCAACUUGGAGUAUCACUCUGCCAUGAUCUCGGAUGCUGUGAGGAAGGUGAUCAAAGUUGGCAAGGUGCGGACGCAGGACAUGGGCGGUUACUCUACCACCUCUGACUUCGUCAAGUCCGUGAUUGAUCACCUGCACCCCCACUAUGGUGUCUAGGGCUCAGGCUGCCCCUGGACACGGCUCUGCUGCCCACACUCCGACACUCCUCUUGGCUGCCCGGCCAGGCAGAGAUUCUGCCUUCAGCUCCCUUCCGCCUCACAGCUGGAGCUGGCCAGACCCCAUUGCAGGAGGAAGGCCUUCUCUUGCCCCCCCCCCCCAAGCCCCCUGCCCUCUCCUGGUCCCUUCAGCCUGGUCCUGGCCAAGAGGCCUGCUGUGGAGGGUGGGGCUGGGGCUGCCUCAUAGUCGUGUGCGUGUAGCCAGCCGUGUGGAUGGUCUUGAGAGCAAGAGAGGCUCCCGUGUGCUUUGAACCUGGGAACCAGUUCGGCCCACCGUGUCCCCCCAGGCGGGUCCUUCGCAGGCUCCUUGUCCAUUUGGCCCGGUGGGGGGGGGCAGUGCUUUGAACACAGGCAGGACAACAGGUGCCGCGAGAGGCUGGGGUUGGGCCGGUGCCCUGCCUGCUCCUCUCCCCUCUGCAGCCUCCCUCUUUCCUUGGCGGCCCCCUCCUUCCCACUGAAGCCCAGGCUGGCCCUGGUGACGGCCCACGCGAGGGCGGGGCGUGUCUGGGUCCGUGGCAGGGGGGCCUGUUUAGAAGAGCUGCACUCGGCAGGCUGCUCUGGCACCUUUGCAGGAAGUGCGCUGCUGCCCUGUCUCUCGGGGGGGGGGGCUCUCGAGGGAGGGAGGGAGGGAGGGAGGCUGGCUGGCUGGCUGCCUUGGCCCCGGCUGCGCUGGGAUACAGAGGAGGGGCCUCUGGGCUGGGGUUUAGUUGUGGACGGCGAGAAAAGAGAAGCUUUUGCAGCAACCAGGAGCCCCUGUAGUUUCAGUGUCUGGAAAUUGCCCUCCGUGAGCAAGGACCAGCCUGCCGAAAUCCAGUCCUGGCUAUGUGUAAGAAUGUGCACGGGGUGGGCGUGGAAUGGUGCACAGAGAGAGAGAGAGAGAGAGAGAGAGAGAGAGAGAGAGAGGCUUAAUCAUGUGGUUUGCCUUGUUUGUGGUGCUUGGGCAGAUUUGAUGAGUCCAGGUGACAAAGGUUGCGAUAUAGGUGUGAGUGUGGUUCUGCGAAUCGGGGUGUGGGCAGAGAACCCAUCUGUAACCCUUUGUGGUCAUAGGCCAUGCUGAUUUUGAAUAAACUUGUAAGGAGUUUCUGCAUCAACUCCGCACCCUC